AAAUUCCAGGCAGCACCAACAAAAACACUGCAGGCUUGGGAGGGAGAAUCAUGGCCACCUGGGGUGGUCACCAGACAGGGGGUCUACAGCUCCAGAUACAGUCAGGAUACAUGGCACUAUUGGAGUCCAAGUAACUCUUGAAGUCCUGAGGCGUUGCUCGUGGGCCUGGCUUCUGUCUUCAUCUCUGCGCCUCCUUCCCUUGCCCCUUCCAUGUCGAGGGACUCAUUUGCUUACAGCUUUCCUGAUAGUGCUUCUUAGCAGCUGCCAGUAGAGCCGACCACAGCUCUUGGAGGUCUGACCUGAGGUUAAAACUAGACCGAAGAUCAUCUGACUCCAACAGAAGGAUUUGGUGGCCUACGGUGGCACAGUUCAAGGCCUCAGACCGGAGUCUUAGAAGGAGGCAUAGGAGAAGCCGCUUGCUCAUCCUGGCCAACAGCCCCAGCUUCUGAUGGGACACUAAGACUCAGAGACCACCCACCGUGUUCGGUGUGACAAGUGCCACUCAGAAAUCAUGGAGACAGCGGUGAUUGGGAUGGUGGCAGUGCUGUUUGUCAUCACCAUGGCCAUUACCUGCAUUCUCUGCUACUUCAGCUAUGACUCACACACCCAAGACCCAGAGCGCAGCUCCAGACGUAGCUUCACCGUGGCCACGUUUCACCAGGAGGCGUCGCUCUUCACGGGGCCCGCUCUCCAAUCCCGGCCACUGCCGAGGGCCCAGAACUUCUGGACUGUUGUGUGAGGUUGGCAAUUCCCUUGACAUUUAUUCUGCUAGUGGGUCAGACCCAUCUGCCCCUUCAAUAAGCAGUGUCUGGUGUCUCACUCCUCCCAGCUCUCCAUCCUUAUCCUUCUACGUUCCACAAACUUCUUGCCUUCCUCCAUUCUGGCUCGCUCUUCCCUCUAUCCUGGGGGAGCUGAGGUGUCAGGACCAGGCGUGAGUUACCUCUGAGCCGAACGAUCAGCUUGGCCCUACUCACAAUGGGGCUGAGGAGUCUGAGGAGAUGUGGAAGGAUGCUGUGUGGUAUCCUAUAGUGGGGUAGCUCCAGACAGCUAUGGAACCUCACCGGAAGUUAGCACCCUGUCAGCGGGGUGCUGUGACGGAAGUCUAUUUGCCACCCAGGGAACCAGAGCCCUCGAAGAACUAAGUGUUUGUUAGUAUUUUUGGAUGCUGCACCGUGCCCAACCCUCAGGCUUGCUCCUGUUGCCUGAAAUCAGCCCUGAAAUUCUGAAAACAAAGAGCUGUUUUCUGGGAACAAGUGACUUAUUUUAUAAUUGAGGACGUAUAUCCUUUUAUGGAUCUUUCCAAAUCUGCUCUGGAAAACCACAAAAGGAAGCAGGAGAGAAAAAGAGAGCCACAGAGAGCACAAGGUGUUUCAUUAACAGGAAGGCCACCGAGAAGACGUUUAAACACGCUUUGAACAAGACUUGCUUUAUUGCUAUAGUCCGACAGACUGUGGCUAUUCUUAGCAAAUGUGAGUGAUUUGCGUCACUUAGGAAUGAUAGGAAAAUCGUGAACUGAAAGAUAAUUCCAAAAAAGUCAAAAUGUUGUUACAUUUCAGCGCAUGUGGAGCUGUUGAUUUUAACACAAAUAAAGGGACAUUUGUUUUUAUUAAUAGAAAAUCUGCUCACGGAAUAGAUGCUAUCUUGUAUUUAGAGACUAUGAUGUGAAGGAUGAAAAGUUAUCUUCGUGGCUUGUGUGUCUGAAUCUGGCCUUGAAUGGGUAACUCUCUCAGGGCCUGCCUGUUGAGGGAAUGAGACUGAACCAGGGUCCUCUGGGAUGUAAGAGAGUCCCCAGACAUGUGGCUGCCACAGGAAGGAUCCAGAGAGACAGGCUUGGGUCUGGAGAGAUUUGGGGGUGGGGCUGGCAGGGAAGAAGUGCAGGAAGGGAGUCAGGGUGCUAGAUGGGGGUGGAGUGGAUCUGGGGAGGUCGAGGCUCAGGAGCUUCUGGAAACAUAUCCUUAUCAGCCUGGACACUGAGUCCCCGACUAAGGCUUUUACAGACAGGCCAGAGGGAGGGCAGGGAGGCCUGGGGACUCAGUGAAGGACUCACAGCAGGUUCCAGGAAGAGCCAGUGUGGGGCUGAGGCUGGUAGGGAUGGGCACCUGAGAGGGGAGAAAGAAGCAUUGUCUGGGGGUAGCAGCCAGACUGAGGUAGAGCCCAGCGACCCUCACUGCAGCUCCCCCCGAGGGCUGGAUCGCCAGGCUUUGUCUCCCCCUCAGGCAGAGCUCUGCUCUGGGGCAGGCUCUGAAGAUCUUUCUUGAAAGGAAUCUUGCCAUCUCCACAGGAACUGAGCGGAACCUUCUUCCUGGCAACUGCUAGACUGCUUGAAGGUCUAACUUCCCCUCCAGCUCUCAUCACGGGGCAGCAUGAAUGAGCUGUGCAGGCAGAGUCCGGGCACCCUGGAAACUUCAGUUUGUGCUAGUCCUCGCUGGGCCUCUACCACAACAUGCUAGGGUGCAGAGAUGAGAAUCCCAUCUUGCUUGUCUGCAGGAUGAUAAAUGGAAAUCGUUGAGCUCUGAGCUGUGGGAGACAUGGGGUAGGGCACCCCCACUGCGCCCUCUCUCCACAGUCCCUGGCUCUGAAAACUGGCAGAGGUGUCUCUG